CAAGUAAAGGGGAGGUUUUCAGAACAGGUUAUGCUAGACAAGGAAAAGCUCCUGGCAUAUUUGAUGAUUGCUUAAAGUCUGAACUGGUCUGUCACAUUAAGAAACCUGCAGAGCUCAAUCCAUUUUUUUUUUUACAGGAGGUUGUAAACUUUUGCCUUUUCAGCUCUUUGUGGAUUUUGUUGUAACAAAGGUCACAAGGACUCAUUUUCAGGACUGUGCAUUUAAUUUGACUUGCAAGAACUUUGAUACAGUAUCACUGGAGCUGAGAGACAGGACGAAAUGAAGACCAACUAUUCCUUGGAGAAGGACGCUGCACAAGGAGAGUCUUUUGAAGAAAGUUUCCGAAGGAGAACUGGAUCUAAGUCUUCCAGUGCAGAACAUGCUGAUAUGGACAACAGUGAAUCACCCAAACCCUCCCGAUUCAAAAAAUACCAACAGAGCUUUCAGACCUUCAAACCCUUCCGCUGUUCCCCAUCACAGUCCCAUCCUGUGGACGAUGCAGGUUUCCUGUCUUUUGCAUCCUUUGCCUGGAUGACCCCCAUGAUGUGGGCCAUAUUCAGGAACAAGCUGGACUUGAGCUCUAUUAAGCUGUCUCCAUUUGAUGAAGCCAACAACAGUGCACACAGGCUCCACAGACUCUGGGAGGAAGAAGUGAAAAAGGUGGGCCUGGAGAAGGCCUCUUUGGUUCGAGUCAUCUUUCGCUUUCAAAGAACCAGGCUUAUUUUGUCUGUCUUAACUGGUGUCCUUUCGAUGGUGGCAGCGUUUCUGGGCCCGGCUGUUCUGGUCUAUAGAAUCCUAAACUACUCUGAUAACCCAGAGAAGUCCACAUUGUCCUAUGGUGUUGGUCUGGCCUUUGCUUUGUUCACCUCAGAGUUCAUCAAAGCCUACCUCGUGUCUUUGCUGUGGGCGAUUAACCUGCGCACUGCAGUCAGACUGAAGGGAGCCUUCUCUGCAGUGGCCUUUCAGAAAGUGAUCUCUCUGCGGGUGCACAGCGGCAUUUCAAUGGGAGAGCUUAUUAAUGUUUUGACCAAUGAUGGCCACAAGUUAUUUGAGGCAGUGGUGUUUGGGAGCUUUGUGCUGUCUGCACCAGUCCUUUUAAUUAUGUGUGUCGUCUAUGCCUGCUACAUUCUGGGCUUCACUGCACUGACUGGAGUAUGCACAUACCUCAUCUUCAUCCCUGUACAGUUUUUCUUAGCCAAGCUCAUUAACACAUUCAGAUGGAAAGCCAUGGUUAUAACAGACAGCCGAGUUCGCACAAUGAAUGAGAUUCUCAACAGCAUCAAACUUAUCAAGAUGUAUGCCUGGGAAGAUUCCUUUGAGAAGAAGAUCGCAGGUUUAAGGAAAACUGAGAAGAAAGAACUGCGGAAGGUCAGUUACAUCCAGAAUAUAAACACCAGCAUCAGCAGCAUCAUCCCCACACUUGCCCCAGUUCUUACCUUCGUGGUACACACUCUGUUGGGCUUAAGUCUGAACUCGUCUGAUGCCUUUACCUCCAUUGCCAUCUUCAACUCCAUGAGGUUCUGCCUGGCUGUACUGCCCAUUUCUGUGAAGGCGCUAGCUGAGGCUGCUGUGUCACUCAAACGACUGAAGAGAAUAUUGCUGAUCCAGAACCCAGAGCGCUACCUGAUGCAGAGACAAGACAGUGACUCAGCCAUAGUGAUGAAGAAUGCAACAUUUUCCUGGACCAAACCGGCCAGCAUGCCUGACACCCCGCCAGACUCAGCCAAUGGACACGUAGUGAAUGAGAUGACUACAACUUUGCCAACCUUGAAAAACAUCUCUUUCACACUGCCUAAGGGCAAUCUGCUUGGUGUCUGUGGAAAUGUGGGGAGUGGAAAGACAUCGCUGAUUUCCAGCAUUUUGGAGCAGAUGCACCUUCUGCAGGGGUCCCUCACAGCUAAUGGGAAAUUUGCCUAUGUUUCCCAGCAAGCUUGGAUAUUCCAUGGAACAGUUCAAGAAAACAUUCUGAUGGGGGAGCCCUUUGACCAGGCCAAAUACAACAGAGUUGUGGACAUCUGUAGUCUAGGAGCUGACCUGAAAAUCCUCCCAUAUGGUGAUCAAACUGAGAUUGGAGAGCGAGGGCUGAAUCUGUCAGGGGGGCAGAAACAGAGGAUAAGCCUGGCCAGAGCUGUAUACUCCAAUAAAGACAUCUACCUCCUCGAUGAUCCGCUGUCUGCUGUCGACGCCCAUGUGGGGAAACACAUUUUUGAAGAAUGCAUUAAGAAAGAACUCAAGGGAAAAUCCAUCAUACUGGUUACACACCAGCUGCAGUAUCUGGAGUUCUGUGAUGACAUUUUGGUUCUGGAGGAUGGCGAGGUGAGGGAGGCUGGAGACCAUGAGGCCCUGAUGGAAGCCAACGGACGUUAUGCUCAGCUAAUCAGCAACUACCAGAUGGAGCAGUCCAAAACUCACGAAGAGGAGGAUGAAGUGUCACCCAAAGACACUGCUCAGAUGAACGAGAUUGAGCUGAGAGAGCGCGCAGACAGUGGACUAGUGAACCCAGCAUUUGACAUGUCAGAUGAAAAGGAUGAUGAAACGACAGCUGACCAGAAAUCUUCUGUUGGUGAUCAGCUAGUCAGUCAGGAGUCCUCCACAGAAGGUGCAGUCUCUUGGAAAGUCUACCAGCAAUACUGCAAGGCAGCUGGAGGCUACUUCAUCACCUUCCUCACCAUCCUGAACAUCGUCAUGAUGAUUGGAUCUACAGCCUUCAGCAGCUGGUGGCUCAGCUUCUGGCUGGGACAGGGUAAUGGGACAUCACACCAGGGCAGCAUCUCAGAUAAUCCAGACCUGCACUUCUACCAACUUAUUUAUGGCGUGGUGAUGAUUGUUACUUUGAUACUGGCCGUCAUCAAAUGCUUCUUCUACACCGGGGUCACCUUGAAUGCAGCCUGCAAACUCCAUGACACCAUGUUCAGAAAAAUCAUUGCCAGUCCCAUGAGUUUCUUCGACACAACGCCAACUGGCCGCAUUCUCAACCGCUUCGCCAAAGAUCAGGAGGAGGUGGACACUGUGCUUCCCCUUCACAUGGACCCUUUCUUGCAGUUUUGUCUGAUGGUCACCUUCACCAUGGUCAUCAUUUCAGCUGUCUUCCCACCCAUGCUGGUAGCUGUGCUUGUUGUGGGAGCUUCAUUCACCCUCAUUCUCUUUAUAUUCCAGAGGAGUAUCCGUCAGAUGAAAAGGAUGGAGAACAUCAGUCGCUCUCCCUGCAUCUCUCUCACCACCUCUACCCUGCAGGGCCUCAGCACCAUUCAUGCCUACAACAUAAGAGAUGGCCACAUAAAACUGUUCAAGUCACUUAAUGACAUCAACUCCAACCACUAUUUACUGUUUCACUCCGGCACACGCUGGCUAUCCUUCUGGCUGGACUUCAUGGCCGCAGUCAUGACCUUAAUGGUGGCUUUGUUCGUAGUGCUCAGCGGCAAAGAUGUCAUCAGUCCAUCUUUGAAAGGCCUGGCCAUGUCCUACACCAUACAGUUGACAGGCAUGCUUCAGUAUGUAGUGAGGCAGUCAACGGAGGUGGAGGCAAGGUUCAACUCAGUGGAGCGGCUGCAGGAGUACAUCACGACUUGCAAGUCCGAGGCCCCCAGACACAUAAAGGAGGCUCAAAUACCAGAUGACUGGCCAAAGAGUGGAGCCAUCGCCUUCCGGGGCUAUAAGAUGAGGUACAGAGAGAAUACACCCAUUGUCCUCAACGGGCUCAACUUCCACAUCCAAGCUGGAGAGAAGCUGGGUAUUGUGGGAAGGACAGGCUCUGGAAAGUCCUCAUUAGGCGUGGCUCUGUUCAGGCUGGUAGAGCCAGAAGCAGGAACCAUCCUGAUAGAUGGAGUGGACAUUGCAACCAUUGGUCUGCAGGAUCUGCGCAGCAAGUUGUCUGUCAUCCCUCAGGAUCCUGUGCUAUUUAUUGGCACCGUUAGGUACAACAUGGACCCCUUCAACAAUUACACUGAUGAGGAAAUCUGGGCGGCGCUGGACAAGACCUACAUGAAGGACUCAAUCUCCAAACUGGAGGCAAAGCUACAGGCACAGGUGCUGGAGAAUGGAGAGAACUUCUCUGUAGGAGAAAGACAACUGAUGUGUAUGGCCAGAGCACUUCUCCGUAACUCAAAGAUUAUCCUUUUGGAUGAGGCGACAGCAUCUAUUGAUGCAGAGACAGAUGCCUUGAUCCAGAACACCAUCAAAGAGGCCUUCCAGGACUGCACCAUGCUCACCAUUGCCCAUCGUAUCAACACUGUGGUGGACGCGGAUCGUAUUCUGGUCAUGGACAAUGGAGAGGUGGCGGAGUUAGACAGCCCAGAUGCACUGAAGCAAAGACCAGACUCUCUGUUCACCUCACUCCUGACUGCUGCUAACACUGUGAACACCUGAACCUGAAGCCCUGUGACACCACAGCACCACUUCAUAAUUACUGUAUUCCUAUAAACGCAAGUUUAUGAAACGAUAAUCUCAGAUUGUAAUCUGGACCACUUGCAACCAAUGUAACUGAGUUGCAGAGAUGGACUUUGAUGCAGAAAUGUUGUUAAUACUGAAAAACAGUGAUGAGUUUAGUUCACGUGUCUUCUGAAAGAAAUAUACAAAGACGCAGAUACAAUCUGUCAUUUAUAUUGUAUUUAAAACAUUAUUUAUUGAUUUUCUAUGUUGUCUGCUGCCAAGUUUCGAUCCGUUGUGCACUAAAUAUGUGACAAAUUUUCAAACAACUAAAGAAUUUUAUUAUGUUAAAAACAACUGUAUGUGGAAAAUAAAACCAAUGCAACAUGAUCCGAAUUAUAAUAAAUG